CACACUCACACGCACGCUCACACUUUUUAUUUGCCAUAAUGAACCGUCCAGCCCCUGUGGAGAUCUCCUAUGAGAACAUGCGUUUUCUGAUAACUCACAACCCUACCAAUGCUACUCUCAACAAGUUCACAGAGGAACUUAAGAAGUAUGGAGUGACGACUUUGGUUCGAGUUUGUGAUGCUACAUAUGAUAAAGCUCCAGUUGAAAAAGAAGGAAUCCACGUUCUAGAUUGGCCAUUUGAUGAUGGAGCUCCACCCCCUAAUCAGAUAGUAGAUGAUUGGUUAAACCUGUUAAAAACCAAAUUUCGUGAAGAGCCAGGUUGCUGUGUUGCAGUGCAUUGUGUUGCAGGAUUGGGAAGGGCGCCUGUGCUGGUUGCACUUGCUUUGAUUGAAUGUGGAAUGAAGUACGAAGAUGCAGUUCAGUUUAUAAGACAAAAAAGAAGGGGAGCGUUCAAUUCCAAACAGCUGCUUUAUUUGGAGAAAUACCGACCUAAGAUGCGAUUACGCUUCAGAGAUACCAAUGGGCAUUGCUGUGUUCAGUAGAAGGAAAUGUAAACGAAGGCUGACUUGAUUGUGCCAUUUAGAGGGAACUCUUGGUACCUGGAAAUGUGAAUCUGGAAUAUUACCUGUGUCAUCAAAGUAGUGAUGGAUUCAGUACUCCUCAACCACUCUCCUAAUGAUUGGAACAAAAGCAAACAAAAAAGAAAUCUCUCUAUAAAAUGAAUAAAAUGUUUAAGAAAAGAGAAAGAGAAAAGGAAUUAAUUCAGUGAAGGAUGAUUUUGCUCCUAGUUUUGGAGUUUGAAUUUCUGCCAGGAUUGAAUUAUUUUGAAAUCUCCUGUCUUUUUAAACUUUUUCAAAAUAGGUCUCUAAGGAAAACCAGCAGAACAUUAGCCUGUGCAAAACCAUCUGUUUGGGGAGCACACUCUUCCAUUAUGCUUGGCACAUAGAUCUCCCUGUGGUGGGAUUUUUUUUUUCCCUUUUUUUGUGGGGGAGGGUUGGUGGUAUAUUUUCCCCCUCUUUUUUCCUUCCUCUCCUACACCUCCCUUUUCCCCCGAUCCAAGUUGUAGAUGGAAUAGAAGCCCUUGUUGCUGUAGAUGUGCGUGCAGUCUGGCAGCCUUAAGCCCACCUGGGCACUUUUAGAUUAAAAAAACAAGAAACAAAAAACAGCAGAUAUAUAUGUAAUGAUCCAGGUGGUUUUUAGUCUUUACUGAUGAAAGGGUGUUCAUGUUAGUUUCUUUUCCUCAAAACCCUAUCUAAUACUAGGCAAAGUAGCCAAGAGCCUUUUGUUUUGUUUUUAUUUUGAUAAAUUAGUGGAGAAAUGGCAUUUUAAGAGGAGUCUCUUCUCAACUUACCUGAGAGUCGAAUUCUUCUCUUCCCUAACCAGUGAAGCUAAGUGGAUAUCCCAGAAACUUGUCUUCUAAAAGGGAGGACUCCAGGCCAUCAAUAAAGAUGUCCAGGCAGUGAGCGUACUUUCUACACCCUGUAGAAUUGUGGGCUGUAGCGUUACUCUGAUUUUCUGUCUAGUAUCAGAGAAUGCUGGUAGCUUAAAAUUCUUAUUUUAGGACUUGUACUCUGAAUUUUCAGGAACCGUCAAAGGAGCAGCAGCAAAUUCACAUAUUUUCGACUUGAGAAAUGCUUGUGGUGUGUGUUUUCCAAACUGCCCCCUAUAUGUAAAGUUCAGUUUAACCACUGAUUGCCUUGUUAUUACUAGGUUUUUUGAGAUUUAAAAAAAAAAAAUCCCUGGUUUAAAACCAACAGUGAUGCCUAGUGAGUAUGUGUCCACAGGCCAUAACAGGGUAGAAGAGAGACAUUGUGCAACCCAAUGAGCAGUGAAGGGACUGUGUUGCUUGUGAAGCGGUGUAGUAGCAUUUUUGCAGAUUCUUGGCUGGGUUUAGUGUACUGAUCUAGAAAAGCUGUUUUUCUGCUCCUUUGUGGAAGGCAGUUAUGAUCAGGCUGCAUGGACAAAGCAGGUAGAGGGGCACCAUCAGGGGCUCUUGCACUAUUUUCACCUCAAAAUAUUACAUACUCAGUAGUGCCCUGCUUCUAGGGCUCUGAAUAUGGGCUUAAAGUCAUCUUAUCCUGCUGGAAUUUGCUGUGCAGAGCCAUAAGCCUCCCAUUUUGUUAGCGUCAGCUAGGCCAGUAGGAACAGACCAGGACCUUGUCUCACACUGAUGAUACCUCAAAUGUUGACUGGCUAUGUGAACUGCCUAUUUCCUAUUGCUGGAGUUUUGAUUUUUAACUAAACGUGAAUCUGUAGAUUCUCUCCUCUCCCAUCCCAGAAAACAAAACAAAAUAAUGCUUUUUGAAAUUGUUUCUAGGACUUUAAAACAUAAUGGUAUAUCCAAAAUUCUUUAUUUCAGAACGCAACAAUAGAUUCCAUUAAUAUAGACUCAAGAUCAAAACAGCAUACCUGCUAAGCUAAGAUAGAUGGUGUUGAUUCCACUGGGUUUUGAACAAUACAAUAACAAACCUUUUUCCUUUGACAUACUCUGAAUUUUGUUGUUUGGGGGGAGGGUGUGUGUGUGUGCGUGCGUGUGCGUGUGUGUGUGUGUGUGUGUGUACGCACGCACAGUGUCCAUCAGUAUCAGUGCCUGCCUGAGUUAGGAAAAUUACAUUCCUGGUUCUGUAUUGAGGAGAAGGAUGUAUAAAGCAACAUGAAACAUUAGCCCUCCUUUUAUUUUAAAGACUAAUGUUAAUUGUUCUUAAAACUGGAUUUUUUUCCUUAAAAUUAAAGCAAUUUUUUUCUUUUCGAUUUAAUGAAGUAUUGCUGGCUGAAACCAGUUUGACAUAGAGAGAUGUCAGAUUGAUUUGAAAGGUGUGCAGCCUGAUUUAAAACCAAACCCUGAACCCUUUUAAAGAACAAUAAAACAUAUUUUACACGCUC